GACUGAUGAUGAAGAAACGUCUCUAAAUGUACCAGGAUGGUCUUUCCUGGCUUCUCAGUUUUGCUCAGUCUUUCGUUGUUCCAAAUCUGUUUCUUACAGACCCUGGAAAUUGCAGGUGUGGGGGCCUGGGUAACAGCUGCCCUUGUCUCCUAGGCUUGGGACGGACUCUCUGGAGUUUGUGUCCUGGGGCUGUGUGCUCAGACUUGACCAUGUUUGGGCAUGGAGGCCUGUCCCGGAUGGGGACCAGAGGCUGCUUUCCCAGAGAUGGGCUGGGAGCCCAAGCUUCCUGCUGCAGCUCAGGCAGCCUCUUUUGGGGUGGGGGCUGGGGGCCAGGCCAAAAGUCUCUGCCUGCUGAAGACUCCAGGGCUCCAGAAACUAAAUGACCAGUGCCUGCAGUGGACAUGGGAAAGAAGCUGGUGAUGGCCCAGAAGCGGGGAGAGACUCGAGCCCUUUGCCUGGGUGUGGCCAUGGUGGUGUGUGCGGUCAUCGCCUACUAUAUCCUGGGCACGACCGUGCUGCCCCUCUACCAGAAAAGUGUGUGGACCCAGAAAUCCACGUGCCAUCUGAUUGAGACCAGCAUCAGGGAGCAGGAGGAGCUAGAGGGCAAGAAGGUGCCCCAGUACCCGUGCCUGUGGGUCAACGUGUCAGCUGUGGGCCGGUGGGCUGUGCUGUAUCACACAGAGGACACUCGGGACCAGAACCAGCAGUGCUCCUAUAUCCCAGGCAGCCUGGAGAACUACCAAGUGGCCCGGGCUGAUGUGGAGAAGGUCAGGGCCACAUUCCACGAGAAACAGACUUUCUACUGCUUCUCGACCACUCGGGAGAACGAGACCACUGUGCUGUACCAGCGCCGCUAUGGGCCCCGGACCCUGCUCUUCUCUCUCUUCUGGCCUACCUUCCUGCUGACUGGAGGUCUCCUCAUUAUCGCCAUGGUGAAGAUCAACCAGUCCCUCUCCAUCCUGGCGGCUCAGAAGUAGGCCUAUCCAUGUCCCAGAGCUGCCUCGGCCGCUAGAGACUGGGUGGGCCCCCAGGCUGCUCCCAACUUGGGUACCCCUGCCCCUCCCCUUGCCUUCUCACUACUUCGCUCCAUCCCAUAGUGACCUCUGCUAUCUGGAUGGGCUUUGGGAAGUCCCUUUGUCAUGUCAUUCCUGAUUAAGAAUGUACACCACUUCUUGGUGCUUUAGAGAGCUCAAGGUCAGCCGGUAACAGCAUC